UACGUCAUUGUAAACAAACAUGGCGGCCUGCGUCUGUUACACCUCAGAGGUGUUUAACACAAACUGCUUCUUUUACCUCUUUUCUGUGAAUAUAUGUGUUUUAUAGACAUGUAUUCUCCCGUAUUCUCUAUUUUUACUAGAUUUUUGUGCUUGCAGCGGGUCACAUUAAAGCAGAAAAUGUUUCUUUUUUCAUUUGACUGCUUAACUGUGCUGAUUUAGCUAACCGGUUACCAAGGAAACGGCAGCGAACUCUCCACUAGCAGGCUAAGCUAACAGGUUUUCUUGCUCUGUAUAUUUGUAUUAUUCGCCGUAGUAGCACCAGUUUAAGACAUUUCUGAGUCAUUUCAAAUAAUUAUAAAGCUUACUGGGUCGUCAUGCGGAAAAUAUUUUAAUCAACAUAUAAAUUAAUGUUUCUGUUGCGUUUAGUCAAUUGAUAAACACUAAAUCCCCGUGCGUUUUGCUCUUUAUUAACAAUUUUUAGCUUCUCUUAGUAUUUUCAUCAAUUGAAGUUGCAUCAGGAAAUAUGUGAGAUCCAAAUCUGUAAUUAAAGGUCAGACCCUGAGAGUUUUACAGCUGUGUUCAGUCUCACCUGGACCUGGACAUGAACAUGGAACAGUACAGCAUCCUGGGUCGGAUUGGAGAAGGAGCUCACGGCAUCGUCUUCAAGGCCAAACAUAUUGAGACAGGGGAGACGGUCGCUCUAAAGAAAGUCGCUCUGAGGCGACUGGAAGACGGCAUCCCCAACCAGGCUCUGAGGGAGAUCAAGGCCCUGCAGGAGAUUGAGGACAACCAGCAUGUGGUGAAGCUGAAGGACGUCUUCCCUCAUGGGACGGGCUUUGUCUUGGUUUUUGACUUCAUGCUCUCUGACCUCUCUGAAGUCAUCAGGAACUCCCAGCGACCUCUGACCCCAGCCCAGGUCAAAGGUUACAUGAUGAUGCUGCUUAAGGGCGUGGCCUUCCUGCAUCACAAUAACGUUAUGCACCGGGACCUGAAGCCUGCGAACCUGCUCAUCAGCUCAUCAGGUCACCUGAAGAUCGCAGACUUUGGUUUGGCCAGGCUGCUGAGUGAGCAGAGCGACCGACUGUACAGCCACCAGGUCGCCACCAGGUGGUACAGAGCACCUGAGCUGCUGUACGGAGCCAGGAAGUACGACGAGGGAGUCGACCUGUGGGCAGUGGGCUGUAUCUUUGGUGAGUUGUUGAACUCAUCUCCUCUGUUUCCUGGAGAGAACGACAUCGAACAGCUCUGCUGCGUCCUCCGAGUGUUGGGAACGCCGACGCAGGACAGCUGGCCCGAUAUUGUGGAGUUACCAGAUUACAACAAAAUCACCUUCAAAGAGAAUCCAGCCAUCCCAUUGGAGGAGAUCGUCCCCGACACGUCCCCUCAGGCCAUUGACCUGCUCUACAAGUUCCUGGUUUAUCCGUCCAAACAGCGCUGCUCAGCGAGUCAGGCUCUCCUCCACCCGUACUUCUUCACGUCUCCACUUCCUGCUCACCACUCAGAGCUGCCCAUCCCUCAGAGGGGGGGUCGACCCCCUCGCCAGCGGCUGCAGGCUCCGCCCACAGACUUCUCGGUGGACCUGCCCCUUCAGGACAGCGUGGUGGACCCUGCGCUGCUGCAGGAACACGCCUCCUGCCUCUGAACCACCAGUGUGUAUUUACUGUGUUCACAUCUGUUUUCUGCUCUUAUUUAUUGUCUGCUUCAGUGACGUGUUUUGAGAUUUAAAAAUUUUAAUUAAAAAAAGCUGUGAUGUUGGAUC